AAUGCAUGACGCGUAGGACGUAAUCAUCUUCUUUUUUUGAAGUAGCGUCUGUAUUAUUUAAGAAGAUCUAUCUAUGAUUGAUAAUGACUUUCAAUUUAAUAUUAAAAUGCUGAAGUCUCAAAAUGAACAACUACCUAAGCAGUUAAUGUCAUGGGCUAAAGAUGAAAUGAAGUACCAAGCCACAUCCCUGAGUUCCAGAAAUAACUAUGAAUUCCCUUCAGAACAAGAUUUUAAACUUUUAUUUCAGAAACCUCUGGAUGAUGUGUGGAAGUAUAUUUUAAAACAUGUCAAGUCAGUUCAGACUGUCAAACAUGUCAAAGGAAAUAUUGCAGUAAAGUGCAGUUUGGAUGCUCAGAAAGGCUUCAAGUCACGGCCUGAAAAAGAAAAUGAAGAAGAAAGUCUUAAGUCUAAAAAAUCUCUAUUAAAAGAUGUCAAAGAAUUAACCAGCUGUAUAAUUGAUAUCAGCUACCUGCAAAAAGAAAUGGAACAAAUCAGUAAAGAUGUUAUGGAAACUGAAUUGUCUUAUCAGGGUAUCAGCCAACAUGUCAGAGACUUACAAAGAAAGGAAAGUCUGUUGGAGGUAGUUUGCAGGACAUCGGAGGUUCGAAUCAAUCAGUAUACAAACUGUGCUAAACAAAUCACAGAACAUAUAGAUCAAAUUAAAAAGACCAGUGAUAAGUCUUCAGACAAUUUUGUAAUGGGUGGAAAAAGUCACAAAGAAGGUUUACUGGAAACUAAAAGAGAUAGAGAUGUCAGACUUGCCUGUGAGCAUUUAAGUAGAUUUCUUAGAGACUUCUAUGACGGUGCUCUCUCUUCCAACAAAGAAACAUUACAGAAAGCAGAGUCAACCAUCUGGAAAAAUGUUCUCAACAUAGCUGCACACAGCACACAAAGUAUUGUAACCUCUCUGAUCUCACAUGUGGAGAACACAACAAAAAGCCUAAGAGAAGAGACAGCCAAGUUUAAUCUUAUUAAAGAUGCACAAGAGUUAAGUUUUACUUUGGAAGAGGAUCAAAGUGUACAUGAUGUCUCACAACCAGUGCCAGUAGAGAAAACAGUCAAACAGUUACUGGAGGCAAGUAAUUUGCGUCAUGUAUUGAGGUGGUUCAAGGAACAGGAACAUAAGAAUGAAGAGUGGAAGUUAACAGCCAGACUUGAGGACAUCAAGAUGGAAAUACACAAGCACAUCAGUAGACUGCUGGAAGAUCACCCUCGCAAUAUUCAGUUGGCCAAGGGCUAUGUUGAUUCCUUGAUCCAGCUAGCAGUGGAACGUGCUGUGUUACCAUGUCUAAGGGAAGAGGUCACCAGAAUCAGUGAGGCUAUUGAAAUAGCCAAACAGGAAAAACAGGAGCUGCAUUUCAAAUUUGAAAAAAUUCAAGACUUUAAAAAAAUUGUGGGUAAGAAACAAGCCAUUAUCUCUGCCUUGGCCAAACAAAACUCAUCUGCACCUGAGCGGUUGUCUAAUAAGAAAUCCCAGGUUUUAUCUUUUGUUGCUGCUAAAUCAGUAGAAGCUCAGGUAUCUGAAAUGAAGCUUCUUACUUCUGGCUUACGAGGUAACCUAUCAUCAGAAGUGGACAAAUUUUCCUCCAUGGUGUUACCAUGUUUGCUGGUUUUAUCACUAGACAGAUUGAGUCAAACUUGUUUAUGUGUUCUGGACCUGUCAAUCGCACCAUCAAUGUUUUAUGUCCUACAAGAGAAGCCAUGGAUUCACGCAGAUGUGUAUGCAGCUCUUUGUUUCCCAAGUUUUAAAUCCACAGAUAGUUUACCAUUACAUGUGUUAGAGGUACACAACAAUUUACAGGAACUCUUCAACCUUCAGCAACACAAAGAGAUGAGAAUCAAAUCUGCUUUGAGAGGUUCUAAGACAAUUGAUGAUAUAAGUCAUUUUAUAGCUUUGUUGAAGAAGAAUUGUACAGAACUGUGUAAUUUAAUGGAGCAGUUUGACAAAUCCCAAUGUGAUAAAUAUAUUCCUAAACUGAACAAAGGCUUAGAGAGUUUAACUUCUUCUCUCAAGAAAAUAGAUACAAUAAAAAGUCUUAUUUCCAUUUGGUGGGAACAACCAGCCAAAAACACCACUCCCUGGGUUACACAAGAAGGGAAAACAUUGGAACAGUGGAUGCAGAAAUGGAGGUUAAUGGUGACAGAAAUUCACAAAAAAAUGGAUGACAGAAGUGUCAAAGCCCAGAGAUGAUUGUUGCUUUACUUUAUGACUUGGCUCAAUAAACUGUUUACAAUCUUAAAA